UUUUCAUUGCCUUACCCCAGUAGUUACCCAGCUCUUGCAGUCACCUCCAGCCCGUCCCUGUUGGUCAUAACAUUGAUUGGCAUUUUGCCUCCCAUUUUCCUUCAUCCUAGUAUCAGCCUUCCGCCAUCCUGCCCCCUCCACUCUCUCCAAUACCCGUGGCUCCCUCUUGCCCCCCAUCCCCAGCCACAUCCUCAUCUUCAGCCCUGGGGAUGACGGCCGGAGAGUUUACUCACGGGGGCUCGGGGAGGCUACAGAAGAGAGGGCCGCCUUCCGCGCUCCGGGUCUGCUAUAAAGCCUUGUCCGUGACUCUCCUGGUGGCGCAGGGGGCUUUGCUGGACCUGUACUUGAUUGCCGGCACUGACCUUUACUGGUGUUCCUGGAUAGCCACCGACCUGGUCGUGGUAGCUGGCUGGGGCAUCUUUUAUUUCAAGAACAGCAAAGGUCAGACAUCCAGCCAGGGGCCCGUUAAUUCCACCGGAUAUGGUCUCGUGCAGCUCCAUAAGAAAGGGCAGUUUGCGUACAGCCAUCUGGCCUGGCUCAUUUACUCCAUCGCCUUCACCCCAAAAGUGGCUCUGAUACUUUGUACUUCCAUAGUCGAUCAGAUCGAAGCAGGGGUACCUUUGGGUAGCACAGGCUUUAGACUCACCGUCUCGCUUUCGGUGCCUCUGCUUUGGGCACUUGUCCGCUCACUCAGCGUGGACCCCCGAGGAUGGCUGCAGCAGAGGGCCACCGGCUGCUUCCUGGCUUCCUGUCUGGAUCUACUUGACAGUUACGCCCUACUGGAGUCCAUGCUGGAAGGAAAUCUUCCCCUCACCCCGCUUUUCCGCUACCUACUGCUCGCCGUAUACUUUGUGGCUUUGGUUUCCCCUGUGCUGUGGUUGUCUGAACUGGACUCUGGGGUCCCCGUUGGCUGCUGUCGCCUCUUCCUCCGACUUCUUUCUGGAUCUCUGGUAGAUGGUCCACUCCUAGCCGUGCGCUGCUUCUUGAUGUUGGGUCCAGCCCAUCAACCGAUAUCGGUCUUCAUGUUGAAGAAUGUGUUUUUCUUAACCUGUCGAUGGCUAGAAGUGUUGGAACUUUGCUGCCUCCUUCGAGUGCCACGUCCUGGCCACGCUGACCGACCCCCUGGGCAGUUUAGCCAUUGCGUGUCCGAGAAUGACAUGGGGCCCCAUGCCUAUGUCAACACCCUUGCUGUGACAUCUCAAAACUAAGUUUGCCCACUCCCUUCUCAUCCCUUUUGACUUGUUUUGGUCUUUGUUUAAAUAUGUGGUUGCAUGAAACCUGUUCACAUCCUUCUACACCAGGGCUGGACAAAUCUACGUGAAUCUUCGGAGCCAGAAAGACAAACCCCAGACAAAAAGUUUAGUAGCCAGAUCUCAAAAUGCAGGAGCCGUGGCUUUGUCAAGCCCUGUUCUACACCAGAUCAUUGAUAUGGACAUAACUC